AUUAAAAGUACUUGGAAUUCAAAUUAAAAUAAUUGACUAGUUAACUUUAUUUUAGUGAUUAGGUGUAGAAGUGUAUUUGAAUGUUCUUAAUCGUGAAUAAGUGAAUCCAGGUUUGGCUGUUUAAAUGUGUCAUAUUGUCACUGUACAGUAGCUCCAGGAUUUAGAUGACCAGCUUAGGUCUGUGCUUUAAAAGGAUGUUUCAUUUUUGGCCUAACCUCACAUCAGAGGAGCACUUGAAUGUCAUGGUGUGAGAGGGUAAAUAAUUAAGUAUAUUUGUGUCAUACCCCUCACUUUUUUCAUCUGAGGGUCCACAGAUAUGCUUCAUUUAUCCCAGAUUGUCAUGAAAACAUUCAGAGCUGUUUCUACAUCAACCAGGUUAACAACCUAGACGGACUAUUUUAUUUGUGUGUGUGUGUGUGUGUGUGCCCUAAUUCAGCCUAACACCCCUGGGGUCCUUUUAUCAUUUUGUCUCCUGCUCAGUCCAUGCUCGCCACAUCUUUUAAGAAAAUGUACCUCUUGCCUCUAGCUCGUAAAUACAAUGUGAUGAAGCAAAAUCGAGACUGGAUUCAUUAAACGUUGACAGUUUGGAGAUACAAGAGUUCUACCAGAAAACUAUAGUGGAGUACAUACAGUAUCUCCCUGGUGUAAACGAGUCUUACAAUAGAUACAAUACAGACAUUUUGCUUAAGUCUAAAAUCAACAUUUAUUUCCUUUUCUUUAACACAUUUGACAGAAUCAAUGUACAAUAAUUAGUAAUAUUAUAAUAAUCAGUGCCUACCUUGUUAACGUUUCAUGUCAGAAUACUAAAAAAUGUAAAAUAAUUAAAAAUGAUAAAUGACCAAGUAAAUCAAUAAAAUUGAAUACAAACGUUACAGACACUUUAUGGUACUUCUGACUUUGUUUUUAUUGGUUACUGCUGUCAAGGAAUCAAUAAUAAUUAUGAAGUGAUAUAAAACAUAUCAUAUCUGUACAGUAACUAACUCUUCUUCUCCCUUAUAUCCAGAUAUAUUCUGUGAAAGUAUUUCUGUCUGCAGCUCUUCGUGGAAACAACAUCUGGGAGUUAGUCAGAAACUCUCCUACCAGUGAACUCCACCUCGGUUUGUAUUACACGGUGACUCCUGUCAGGACUGAAUAGACUGGGUGGGUGGAUCGCGCGUGCGCAGUGGCACGCUCUAUCCUCCGACCAGUGCGGCAGGAAAAGCGCAGAGAAGACGCCGCGGAGAGAUACAGGGGGAGAGAGAGAAAACAGUUGGGAAAAGAAAAGGAAGAACAACAUGGACACGAACGGCGUCUUUCGCUGAUGUGUGAAGCCGUGCUCCGGUGCUCGGGGCUGUAGCUGUCCUCCUCCGCCGCACAGCUGCUCCGUUAUGUCGGACAACCUGAGGAUAAUAAUGUCAGGGAAUGGAGGAAAUCUUCAGAAAUCCUGCUUCUGAACUGCGCUGUGCUGUCACGGUUUAAGGAUAUUCCUGAAACGUUUAAAACUGGAGGAUGGUGCUCAUGUAGCGCCCUUUUUCUUUUUUUUUUGUUAACCCAACUCGUCGUGCUCUCCAACAAUCAAGGCCACGCUCAAAGUUUUUUUUUUUUUUUUUCUGGAGAAGGGGGAAAUUUUUGCUGCAUUGAAUUCCUCUGGACGGGAUGUCAUCCGCAGUCAGGAGGAAUUCCUCAAGCUGACUGAUCCUCCCGCUGCAGUGAAGCCCCUUAGCGGGAUCCCGAGAGAGAGGAAAGAUGGGAGAUGCGGCAGAAGACAGAGGGAUGAGACGGACCUUCAUCGUCCCUGCCAUCAAGAGCUUCGAUCACUAUGACUUUACCAGGGCCAAGAUAUCAUGCAGCCUGACGUGGCUGGUGGCCAAGGCUUUCGGCUCGGACUCAGUGCCAGAGGAGCUGGCUGAACCUCUAUACAAGGACCAGUACAACCAGGAGCACCUGAAGCCUCCAGUGGCCUGCCUGCUCCAGUCUGCAGAGCUCUACUGCCGGGCAGGGAGCCUGAUCCUCCGCAGUGAUGCUGUCAAACCUUUACUGGGACACAACGCUGUCAUCCAGGCCCUGGCCCAGAAAGGCCUGUACGUAACUGACCAGGACCGACUGGUCACUGAGAGAGAUCUGACCAGCACGCCUAUACACAUGAGUUCCCACCUGGCGCUCAUAGAUACCCUGAUGAUGGCGUAUACUGUGGAGAUGGUGAGUGUGGAGAGGGUGAUGUCCUGCAUCAACAGGUACUCCUCCGCUGAACCCUCACAUAGUGACGGACACAUCCAGGAGCUGCCUUAUGAUACCGAGGAUGCAAUCAUCACCUGGAUCAACAAGGUGAAUGAACACCUGAGGGACAUCCUUGUCGAAGAGCAAAAGCUGAGAGAGGCUUCCUUCCAGGACUCAAAUGCAACAACACAGAAAGCUCGCUACAGGAAGGAGCAUGCUCAGCAGAGGAGCGCACCAUCGCUCCCCCUGGUGGAGAACCUGCUGAAGGACAACACAGACGGCUGUGCCCUGACCACCCUGCUGCACUUCUACUGCUCACAGGCCAUCAGACUGGAAGAUAUCUGCCUCAAGGAGACCAUGUCUUUGGCUGACAGUCUGUACAACCUCCAGCUGGUGCAGGAGUUCUGCAGGAACAACCUCAACCACUGCUGCCACUUCAGCCUGGAGGACAUGCUCUAUGCACAUGCAUCCAUAAAGAGUAAUUACCUGGUGUUUAUGGCUGAACUUUUCUGGUGGUUUGAAGUGGUUAAACCUUCAUUUGUACAGCCCAGAGUCUUCAACCCAAACGCCUGCGAGCCUGUAUCAUCCUGUAGAAAUAUGGCUCCUGUGUCCAGUCCAGUCAAACAGAGCUAUGCAGACAGACCUGACAGCCCAGAGCACAUCCCUGCAGAGGGUAUAAUGAAGAGAUCUACCUCCAUGUCCUACGUGGAUGGCUGCAUUGGAACUUGGCCCAAAGAGAAACGCUCCUCCUCUCGUGGAAUCUCCUUUGAGAUUCCUCUGGACGGAGACCCGCCUUGCGAAGCUCCCUCCCUCCGCGGUAUGACCCGCUCUGCCAGCAGUGAUGGUCUUGGCUUCAAAGUUCACUUUGCAUCUCGAGGGGGCAUUAAGCGCCACCUGUCCCUCAUGCCCGUCAAUGUAAACGGUCAAAGCAGACACAUACCAGAGGAGGAGGAGGACUUCACCUCCCACAAACCCCUGGGGAGGAACAACACAUUCUCAGUCAAGAACCAAAGCAGGUACUCAAAUGGAGUCCUCACAGACAGCGACCACAGCCCCAGCGAUCACCAUGGCAACCACAGCGGGCACAUCAGCCCAUCAACUCCUCCAAGCAUUGAGGAGGCCCUGAAGAUUAUCCACGACACUGAAAGGCCCCAUGCAAGCCUAGGCGAUGGAGACAAUGGAUUCUUUCUCCACAGCGGGGAGCCUUCGGACCCUCCAGGGGCCCAAGGUGAAGGAGAUGACCCAGGUUCGGCUAAGGCUCGGCUGAAUGACCACGACCCCAACUCUGUGUCCACUGAUGAAGUUGACACGGGCAUCCAUGUGAGGACAGAGGACAUCCAGAGCUUAGAUGAAGACUCCUCCUCUCUGAGAGACUAUUCAGACAUAGACCCAGACUGCGAUGCCAUGACCCGGUCGUGCCCCCUGUCUGAACGGCCGGAGAGGGAGAGAAACAGGGAAGGAGGACAGAAAGGGGUCAGUGAUGCUAACCCUGAGGGUGAGAGGGUAGAUGGAGGUGACAGGAGCAGCCCCUGUCCCAGUUCAGCUCCCACACUCCCCAGAUCCCACACAGCCAGCCCCACCUCGUCGUCUGGAGGCUCUGGAGGCGGCAUGGUCCGAAUGACGAGCUUUGCAGAGCAGAAGUUCAGGAAGCUGGAGGGACGGAGUAGUGGAGGAACCACACCAGAGAGUUCAGAUCUCAACGUGCCGUAUACACACCCCACAAAAAGCAUUUCUUCUCAGAUCUCUACACCUCCUUUGCCAAUCACAUCUCCCUCUCCAGUAACGCCUUCCCCUCGAGACCCAUCCCACCUGAUUGCCUCAGAGAUGAUUCAGCUGCGGAUGAAGCUUGAAGAGAAACGGAGAGCAAUUGAAGCCCAGAAGAAGAAGGUGGAAGCAGCUUUCACCCGCCAUCGUCAGAAGAUGGGCAGGACAGCCUUUCUCAAUGUAGUGAGAAGGAAAGGAGUCACUGCCCCCCUCAGCUCCAGCUCAGGGGGAGCAGAAACACCUUCUCCAGAGACACUCACACCCUCAAGGGAAACCAGCCAGGGCAGCAUGGAGCGGGCGGAGAGAUGCAAGCCAGACGGAGCAGCUCCGAAAUCCCCCUGUGAGGAUGGCGGAGGUGUGACUCCUGGAGAAAUCGAUCUCGCAGAUUACACUCGCUCCAUUGAGAGGCUGAACACGUCGUUGGGCUUCCUGCAGACGGAGAUGCAGCGUUUGGCCCAGCAGCAGGAGAAGAUUAUGGCCAUGAGAGAGCAACAGCAACAAGCUUGGGUCAUUCCUCCUCCUGCUCCAUCUCCACACAGGCAGCUCCGUGAGUUGCGUAGCAGCAGUGUAACAGGCCGGGGAUCAGGCCGAGGCUCGGUCGGGUCUUUGUCACCCAUCCUUUCUUCUUCCGGCUCUCCCCACGCUCCCAAUAGCUCCCCUGCUGGCAUUAAGCGGCGACCAGCCUCCUUCCAUGCCAGGACACCUCGGACUCCACGACCAAACGAUCUGAAAGUCACACCCUUCAGACGAAUGCUCAACACCCCCACCUCCGUGGACAGCCUACCCAGACUGAGACGUUUCACCCCCAGCCAAACCCAGAUCAGCUCGUUUGCCUACCUGAGCCACGAUGAGGGACCAGGGGGGAGCAAGAACCAAGAGGCCAAGGACAACGAAGAAAACAAUAAGGACAAAGAAGAGACAGUGGCAAAGAAGAGUGCUGGCGCUCCUCAGCCUUCUACUAAAGAAGCAGCCAAAGAGAACGAGGAUGAGAGGCAGGAGGAAAGAAAACAGGCAGAGCGGGCUCAGUCAAAGGAUGAAGUCGAUCAAACAGGGUCAUCAGAGGUGUUGUGUCAACCGGUGUCUGAGAUCCAAGGGCCCACAGGCAACCUGGUCAAGGGAGACCGCCAGGAAAAAAAAGACCUAGUGGAGGUGCCUUUGUCUGGGCUGAAACCUCCAGCAGGAACACCCAGCAGGCAGGAGGUGGCGGGAGAAGGAGAUGCGGAGGGUGAGGCAGGAGGAGAAGCUUAUGGAGACGAUCAAAAGAUGUGCUGUGGAUUCUUCUUCAAGGAUGAUGUGAAAGGGGAAGAGGAUAUGGCAGCAAAGAAGGCCGCUCUGCUGGAGAAGAGGCUGAGGAGAGAGAAGGAGGCUCAGGAGAGGAAGCAGCAACAGGAGCUGGACCAGGAGCAGAAGAAGGAAGCUGCACGGUUGAAAGCUGAGGAGGAUCAGGAGAAGAAGGAUGACGAGAAGGCAAGGAGGGAGUACAUCAGGAAUGAGUAUUUGAGGAAGCAGCAGCUCAAGCUGAUGGUGGACAUGGAUGAUGUCAUAAAGCCCCGAUCUGGAAGUCUCAAGAAGAAGCCACGGCCUAAAUCCAUCCACAGGGACGUCAUGGAGUCGUCCACUCCGCCUGUGCGAGCAACAGGGGUGCGUCCUCGAGGCUUCUCAGUAUCAAGUGUUUCUUUAGCGUCUCUCAAUCUGGCUGACAACGACAGAGAUCAGCCAAAUAACAAGAAGAACAACAGAGGCAAUAAACUAGCUUCUGCCCAUAUCCCGUUCUUUCUAAGCUCUCCCAAAGAAAGAAAGGGAAGGCCAGACUCUGCAGAAGGUUUCUCCUCUUGUCCUUCGACUGGCAGUCGGAACGGAGAGAAGGAUUGGGAAAAUGAGUCUACCACCUCAUCCACUCCCUCCAACGCUGAGUACACAGGACCCAAACUAUACAAGGAGCCAAGUGCCAAGUCCAACAAACACAUCAUCCAGAAUGCCCUGGCUCACUGCUGCCUGGCUGGCAAGGUCAACGAAGGGCAGAAGAACAAGAUCCUGGAUGAAAUGGAGAAAUCCGAAGCCAAUAACUUCCUGGUGUUGUUCCGUGAUGCCGGUUGCCAAUUCAGGUCUGUGUACACUUACUGCCCCGAGACAGAGGAGAUCACCAAACUGGCCGGCAUCGGGCCAAGGAGCAUCACGACCAAGAUGAUCGAGAACUUGUACAAGUACAACUCAGACAGGAAACAGUUCAGCCAGAUCCCAGCCAAAACUAUGUCCGCCAGCGUGGACGCCAUCACCAUUGCCAGUCAUCUGUGGCAAACCAAGAAGCAGGGGACGCCCAAAAAACUGCACCCCAAGUAGUGCCAGACAUCUGGGCAAGAUUUGGACACGCUUGCUUCAAUGGGACAAACACAGAAGAGCUUGUGGAUUUUUACUGUUUCAUUAAAAGGACACACGGUCCCACUGUAAGAAAUCACAACUGGAAUGUAGAACACAAAAGGGUCUCACAGAGAUUGUCGUUUCAAUACAGAGUUGACUGUUACACCCUGGACUACUUCAAUGGGGCAGAAGUGUGUACUUGUCAGCAUGUGUAUCAAUGUUCUUGUGUGCCAAAAAAAGAGGAGAAAAUAAUAGGCGGACCUUUGCCUUACCAAGUUGAACCACUGAAGCAGUGAAUGUCACGUCUCUGAAAGAGGCAGUUUGGUUUCUAUAAGUUGAUCAUGUGUGGCCUUAUGCUUGUUUUGUGUCAUAUGGAUGCGCUGUGAGUGUUGGUGUCAUUUUGUCAGCGCCUGUGGAAAAAGUCUGUUGUGAUACAGGAGAGGUUGUGUAUACUCACAGGUCUGGGAUCAGAUUUCGCUCCCGUCAAGCCCAGGUUGUUGGCCUGUCUGAUCUGUGAUCAGGUAGAGGCAGCAUUUUUGAUGAGAGUUUUUGCUGCUAUACAGGCAUGUUUUUUUGUUUUUACAUGUGACUGAAAAAAACAGUUCAAAUUUGUGUAUGUGUGUGUAUAGUGAAGUGCCAAGAAGAGUGAGGAAUAUACCUCAGUAAGGUGAUUGCAAUUACUUUCCAAAAGUGUGAAAUGAUGAGAUUAUUGAGCAUACGGUGUACCAUCAAGCAAUUCUGGAAAGUACCUGCAAUAGAUUCUUAAUUUAUUUCAUUUUGAUAAUGCUUUGAAGUUAUUUGAAAAGGCAUCUUAGAUUUUAUUCAGAGAAACAUAAUAUACUAUACGUAUAUAAGUUAAAUUAAUUUGUAUAUGAUGGCAGAUCCAUUAAAAAUGAACAAGUCCGCUUGUAGUAGCUUUUAUAAUUCAUCACGUGUAUCAGUAUGUUGUCGUUUGGGGCCUUUUAUUGUGCUACAAAUGCGAAAAGUGUGAACACUCAACAGUAUCACUGAUAAGACUAUCGGUAGUAGAAUAGAUGGAAAUCCCACACUAUGUCAUCAGUCUGUGCAAUUAAAGAAUCAUUCAAAUAUUCACUGUUGAUCAUGUUGCAGUUGGAACUAACACAUAUUCAAAAUGACUUUAAUGUGGAUGUUGUCUUAACUUUUAGAUCUCGAUUGCCCUCAACGUAGUCCACAACUGUAAAUAAAUGAAUUCACCAAUAAUAGCAGAAUAAUAGACCCUGUCCACGGUCGCUGACUCGUUUCCACUUAUGAACUGUCUCGCUUGUUACUUUGCUUUCACAUUACUGUUACAUUUUUUUUAUCAUGUGUUCCUUUAGUAUGUGUUGACACUGUACAGAUAUAUUUUGGCAUAUAGAAGUAUUUUUUUGUAAUGACAUUUACCUGUUGGUGUGUACUAAUGAAGCAGCACAGUUGUUGAAGACAAGAGUGUUGAAAGCAAAGUGUCCCGAUGAGGCAAGGUAAAUAAAGCUUUAAUGAGGCUUUAUUGUGGAUUUGUAGAAAUCCAUGAAGUAUACUGAGAAAAUCAUAGUAUUUUUUCCAACUUUUCUUUUCGGUUUACUAAAUAUGCUCAACUGUUCAUGGAUUUUUGUUGUUUUUUAUUGCUUUGAGCUUUAUUAAAAUGCCAGCUAUCAACUGUA